AUGGCUUCUUUCCUGCAGUCUGUCCCGGUCUCGUCUGCUCUUCGCAAGCAGUCGACCGCGGUUCCUCUCCGUCUUAAUGCAUCCCAACCUACUGCUUCCCUAAGGACAUGUAGUUCAUUCUCCACAUUAUCUUCCCCGUCUAGAUUGACUCAGUCCCAAAAUUCCCUUCAGUCUUCUCAGCGUUCCAACACCCUCUCAAAAUUCCCUAACCAGCAAUGUCGAACUUUCCUGGUUCAACUCAAGCGUCAAUCCCAAAGCCUUAAAGAGUCCGCUCCCUCGACAUCCGGAACAGUAUCGCCCGCAGCAGCCAAUUUGCAGCUCACCAACCUUCCCUAUUUCGUCCGCCGUACCGCGUCAAACCAACUUCCUGUGUAUCUCGUGACAAAAGCCGGUGGAACCAAGCAGCAAACUAAGAUUCAGAAGACCGAGGGUGACAUGGAUUCGUUACGGAAUGAUCUGGCAUGCUUCCUGGGUCUGGAAUCUGGUGAUCCCCGUGCUGCUAAGAGUCCCGAUGUUGCCAUCAAUCGUCUAAAUGGCCAUAUCAUCGUCAAGGGCUGGCGAAAACCCGAAAUCCUUAAGUUCCUCUUGGAGCGUAACUUCUAA